ACAGAAAGAAGAAAGAAAGAAGAAAGAAAAAGAAAGAAAGAAGAAAGAAGGAAGAAAGAAAGAAGAAAGAGGAAAGAAAGAAGAAAGAAAGAAGAAAGAAAGAAGAAAGAAAGAAGAAAGAAAGAAGAAAGAAAGAAGAAAGAAAGAAGUAAGAAAGAAUUAAGAAAGAAAGAAGAGAGAAAGAAGAAAGAAAGAAGAAAGAAAGAAGAAAGAAGAAAGAAAGAAAAAGAAAGAAGAAAGGAAGAAGAAAGGAAGAAGAAAGAAAGUAGAAAAAGGAAUGAAGAAAGAAGGAAAGAAGAAAGAAGAAAGAAGAAAGAAGAAAGAAGAAAGAAGAAAGAAGAAAGAAGAAAGAAGAAAGAAGAAAGAAGAAAGAAGAAAGAAAGAAGAAAGAAAGAAGAAAGAAGAAAGAAGAAAGAAGAAAGAAGAAAGAAGAAAGAAGAAAGGAAGAAAGAAAGAAGAAAGAAAGAAGAAAGAAAGAAGAAAGAAAGAAGAAAGAAAGAAGAAAGAAAUAAGAAAGGAAGAAGAAAGGAAGAAGAAAGAAAGAAGACGGAAGUAAGAAAGAAAGAAGAAAGAAAGAAGAAAAAGAAAGAAAGAAGAAAGAAAGAAGAAAGAAAGAAGAGAGGAAGAAGAAAAAAAAAGAAAAAAAAAGAAAGGAAGAAGAAAGGAAGAAGAAAGGAAGAAGAAAGAAAGAAGAAAGAAAGAAGAAAGGAAGAAGAAAGAAAGAAGAAGGAAGUAAGAAAGAAAGAAGAAAGAAAGAAGAAAGAAGAAAGAAAGAAGAAAGAACGAAGAAAGAAAAAAGAAGAAGAAAGGAAGAAAUAAAGAAAUAAGAAGAAAGGAAGAAGAAAGGAAGAAGAAAGGAAGAAGAAAGGAAGAAGAAAGGAAGAAAAAGAAGAAGAAGAAGAAGAAAGAAUGAAGAAGAAGAAAAAGAAAGAAGAAAGAAUAAAGAAGAUAGAAAGAAGAAAGAAAGACGAAAGAAAGAAGAAAGAAAGAAGUAAGAAAGAAGGAACACAGAAAGAAGAGAAAAGAAGAAAGAAAGAAGAAAGAAAGAAGAAAGAAAGAAGGAAGAAUGAAGAAAGAAAAAGAAAGAAAGACACAAGAAAGAAAGAAAGAAGAAUAAAAAGAAUAAAGAAGAGGAAAGAAAGAAGAAGAAAGAAAAGAAAGAAAGAAGAAAGAAAGAAGAAGAAAGAAGAAAGAAGAAGAAGAAGAAAGAAGAAAGAAGAAGAAAGAAAGAAGAAAGAAGAAGAAAGAACUAAGAAGAAAGAAAGAAGAAAGAAAGAAAGAAGAAAGAAAGAAGAAGAAAGAAAGAAAGAAAGAAGAAAGAAAGAAGAAGAAAGAAAGAAGAAAGAGAAAGAAAGAAGAAAGAAAGAAGAAAGAAAGAAAGAAGAAAGAAAGAAGAAAGAAAGAAGAAGAAAGAAAGAAAGAAAGAGAAGAAAGAAUAAGAAGAAAGAAGAAGAAGAAAGAAAGAAGAAAGAAAAAGAAGAAAGAAGAAAGAAAGAAAAGAAGAAAGAGAGAAAAGAAGAAAGAAGUAAG